AUGCAUUACAUUCUGCCCUGGGAUAUGAGAAUGAAUAUUUCUUCCUAUAGAGGAGGAUUUAUUUAAAAUCUCAGGGCAGAAUUUGACCCGUUGACUGUACAUGGGGAAUAUAAACACUGUGAGAGUUUGUGGUUUUUUAAUGCCUGCUUUGCAAAACAUUUGGUGGUGUGUGUGUAUGGCUGAAAAGCAAAAUCUGCUCUGCAAAUUCACAUUGCUGAUCUAUUCCUGCUUUGCCAAAACCCAGAAGAAUGACAUGUAGACCUGCACAGACUUCUAAUGAACAUUUUCUUCCUAUGAAGUAAUCCAUUUGUAAUUUUACAUUGCAAAUGGAUUCGAAGAGCAGCAGUACAUUUAUACAGACAUCAAUGUAGUCUUCAAGGAAGAAAAUGGCCUGAGCCAUAGAUCUAGAAGGGAACUGAGCUUCUUUGGAAGUUAGCUGAACGUUGAUGAUGAGUUAUGGCAGGUAUUUCAGCAGGUUUCUGAACCAUACUGUGUUUAUUUCAAAUGCCUGAAAUACUGCUGUAGUAAAGGAUGGGUCCAACAGUGCUUUGAGAGUGCUGGCUAUGUUCAUGUGCAUAUUUCCAAUCAAGGUAAACCUCAGUACACUGUGCUGUCAGGUUGUGCUUUAUGCCAUAUGAUGAUGAGAAGUGUUUUUUAAGCACUGCACUAUUAUCAUAAAUCUGCCUCUUUUACCUUUCCUGUUCUGUGACUUCUCUUUGUGUUAUUUCAAAUGUAAAUAUUUUACCUGUUUACUUCUUAACUUCAUUCUUGGCUCCCCUUUUCCUCUCUGUCCCUUCUCCCUGUUGGCUCAGAAGCUCUUUUGGUGUAUGAAAUAACAGGUUUCUUGUUCUCAUUCUCUUGUUGUCUAUCUCAACUUGUUCCAUGACACUUCACACCUGAAGUUCAUGAGCCAGGUAUGUGACACAACUUCUGGUUUACUCCACCUAGGUGCAACACCAAAGUGUGUAUGUGUGUGAGAGAGGGAGAGAACAGGAGUCCUGGGCUAGUAGAAGAGAAGAAAACAAAAGAAACAAACAUUAACCACAAUUAUAAUUUGCAGCUGUCUUUUCCUUUAACCUCCAUGCUUACUGCUGCUUUAACAUUACAGCAUUUUCUAGUCUUGACAGUCUCUCCAGUUUUCUGCCUGCCUUAGUUCACUAAUUCCUUUAUUUUCUCCUCUGGUCUCUUUUUCAGGAUUCCAAGAGCUUUAAAUAACUGUUCUGUUUUGUUUUUUUUUCUAUUUCCUGUCUUUCCAUCACUGCUUGCACCAUGACAACAGCAGAGGAAGCUCAUGAGGAAGAGGAGAAGCCCAGAAUAAAACUAACUGCUCCUAAAAUACCAGAGGGUGAGAAAGUAGAUUUUGAUGACAUCCAAAAGAAAAGGCAGAACAAAGACCUGAUUGAACUGCAAGCCUUGAUUGACAGCCACUUUGAAGCCAGAAGAAAGGAAGAGGAAGAGCUGGUUGCCCUCAAGGAGAGAAUUGAGAAGCGCAGAGCUGAAAGAGCAGAGCAGCAGAGAAUCCGGGCUGAGAAGGAGAAGGAGCGUCAGGCAAGGCUUGCGGAGGAGAAGGCACGGAGAGAGGAGGAAGAUGCCAAGAGAAAAGCUGAGGAUGAUCUGAAGAAGAAGAAGGCUCUGUCCUCCAUGGGUGCAACAUACAGCAGUUAUCUGGCUAAGGCUGACCAGAAGAGAGGGAAGAAGCAAACAGCUAGAGAGACAAAGAAGAAGGUCCUGGCUGAGAGGCGCAAGCCACUGAACAUUGACCACCUUAAUGAAGACAAGCUGAGGGACAAAGCUAAGGAGCUCUGGGACUGGCUAUAUCAGCUGGAGACUGAAAAGUAUGACUUUACAGAGCAGAUCAAGAGGAAAAAAUAUGAGAUUGUCACCCUCAGAAACCGGAUCGAUCAGGCCCAGAAGCACAGCAAGAAGGCAGGAGCCAAGGGCAAGGUUGGUGGGCGCUGGAAGUAAAGAACCAGGCAGGAUGGCCUUUAGUGGUGUGCUGAACCCCUGCUGGUCUCCUCUUUCCUCCUUCACCGAUCACUUGUGUUCUCAUGCCUUAAUGAUAACAAAAAUCACAUCAGCCUGGAUUGGCUAUUGCUGCUGCUUUUCUUCCUGGAGGGGUCUGGUGGCUUCCUCAGGCAAGGGGAAGCAGGUUCCCUGUGGAACUGGGAUGACUCCUUGCUGGCAUCUUCAAUUCCUGCUGAGCAUGUCCCUUAUCCUCCUGCUACCAGCCCUAUGCUGUCCUGUAGAUUGCUAUGUACAAAUCUCUGGAUUUUGUAAAUAAAGCACAACCAGUACCUACUCCAA